AAGUCAGUUUCUCCGCCAGGGCGGGAAGACGCUGCUGCUGCUGCUGCUGCUGCUACACAUGUCAACAAGCCGACUGUCUCUAACCCUGAGACAAACAGCUAUCACAAGAAAUAUCACAGUCAGGCUUCGGCACGCAGUUGUUCCGACUGUGGGAUAUUUAAGUCAGAGUUUGUCUCAACAGCGGCUGAAUAAAGUCUGUUCAUCCCUGGUUGUUUCUGCUGCCUUGACGUCAUGCAGGCGUUUUUGAAAGGUGGAACUGUUCAGUCUACUAGACCUCAGAAAGACAAGGCAGCAGGAGGACCCAGUACAGAGAAGAAAGCCAAGGCUGUCCCUUGGGUAGAGAAAUACAGGCCGAAGUGUGUUGAUGAUGUGGCCUUUCAGGAGGAGGUGGUGGCAGUGCUGAAGAAGUCUCUGGAAGGAGCAGAUCUUCCCAACUUGCUGUUUUACGGCCCUCCUGGAACAGGAAAGACGUCCACCAUCUUAGCUGCUGCCAGAGAGCUUUAUGGUCCAGAGCUGUACAGACAGAGGGUGCUGGAGCUCAACGCCUCUGAUGAACGUGGCAUCCAGGUUGUCAGAGAGAAGGUCAAAAACUUCGCUCAGCUCACUGUGGCUGGGACUCGCAAAGAUGGGAAGGCGUGUCCUCCUUUUAAGAUCAUCAUCCUGGAUGAGGCCGACUCCAUGACGGCACCAGCUCAGGCUGCUCUCAGGCGGACCAUGGAGAAGGAGUCCCGCACCACCCGCUUCUGCCUCAUCUGUAACUACAUCAGCAGGAUUAUUGAGCCUCUGACCUCCAGAUGUUCCAAGUUUCGCUUCAAACCUCUGGCAAACGAGAUCCAAGAGGAGCGCCUGCUGGACAUCUGUGAGAAGGAGAACCUCAAGUACACCAAAGAGAGUAUAGCAGCUUUGGUGAAGGUGUCUGAUGGAGACUUGCGGAAAGCCAUCACCUUCCUCCAGAGUGCUGCACGCCUCAGCGUCAACAAGGAGAUCACAGAGAGCGCCGUCAUUGAAAUAGCCGGGGUCGUACCUGACAAGAUGAUUGACAACUUGCUCCAGAUCUGCUUCAAAGGAACAUUUGAGAAACUGGAGGUUGCAGUCAGGAACAUGGUGGACGAAGGCUAUGCGGCCACGCAGAUCCUGAGUCAGCUCCAUGAGUCUAUCAUAGAGCAAGACCUGACUGACAAACAGAAGUCAGCUAUCACAGAGAAGAUGGCGGUUGUGGGUAAAUGCCUGUCAGAUGGUGCAGAUGAGUACCUGCAGAUGUUGAGUCUGUGUUCGGUCAUCAUGCAGGAGGCCUCGCAGAACAACUAAAUCCCCAUGAAGCACAAUCUCCUCUCCAGGGAGAGCAGGACCAACAGCCUCACUGACAUGUCAGCACUUCACUUGGAUUCAUCCGAGUUACAGUUCAGGAUGUCUGCCAGUGGAUAACGGAUGAUAACAGCGUUUACUUUCUCUGUAUUUUAGCAGACACAGCACUCUGGGAUGAACGCUUCAGUAGAUAAAAGACAGCUAUGUGAACUCACUCGGAAACCAUCUUACUGUUAACUCAGCCAUCAGGUCUUUCUUUAUUCCCUUCCAUUCAUGUACCUACUCACCAACGCAUUGCUGUACACUUUUUGCAUUUUGGAGAGUAAUAAAUAAUUUGUUGUAUCUUUUCA